UUCCUCCCCCCGCGUCCCCUUAAAAUACCCGGGGUCCCUAUGGCAACAGGCGCGACAGGUGCGGGUGUUAUUUACGGGUCGAGCCUGAAAUAGCCCGGGAGGGCGAGAGCGUGGGCGGGGAGGGCGAGGCCGGAGCGAGCCGAGCGGCGCGUCCGGGCGGAGCGGGCGGCGGCGUGCAGGACCCGACGGCUCGGAGGCUGCGCGGAGCUGGGGCCGGCGCGGCGCGGAGGCAGGAGAGCGAGAGGGGGCCUUCCCCGGGAGACCGGGGUGGGAGGCCUGCGGGAGGCAGCUGGCCUGGAGCUGAGCCUGGAGCGGUCCCGGCCCGGCAGGCCCUGGGAGCCCGGGGGAGGAGGAGCCGAGUGAUCCCAAAGGGACGCAGAGUCCCUUCCGGGUCCCAGUUGUCCUUCGAAUCCUGGGGGAUUUAGUCCCUGUUUCCUGAGCCUCAGUGGGGACCACAGCCCCUCCCUCUGACCCAGAGAGAGACCCCAGGUCCCCCUCCUGAGCCCGGGGGGCGUCCCUCUGCCCCCUUCUCUGGACCCCACUCUGUCUCUGAGCCACUAGUCCCCUCUCUCAGACCCACGGAGACGUUCUCCGAUCUCUCUUCUCUAAAUGGCCAGGGAGACACCCACCCCCUUUUCCUGAAACCAAGCCAGGACUCCACUGCCCCCUUCUGUGAAUAUUGGGGUCCUUUUGCUUUUCUGAGACUCAGAAGGAGUUCUGAUCUCCUCUUCUGAACCCCAGAGGGAACCCAGCUUCUCCCUCCUCAGACCCUGAGCCCAGAAGGAACCAGGAGGCAUCUCCUCUCAAACACUCCGAGGACCUCAGUAACCCUCCCUGGGUACCCCAAGCUCUGAGCCUUAGUGGGGUGCUCAGAUCCCUUUCCCCAGGACACCCAGUGUCCCUCUGGUGAUUUCUCCCCGUGGGGACCCAGAGCAGCCCCUCAGAGCUUCAGUCAGUGCUCGGUUCUCCUUCUUCUGGAGACCCGAGGCCCCCCCUCCUAGAGACCCAGCUUCUAGCUCUGGGCCUUGGGGAUACCUUGCUUUUCUUCUGGGUCCCCCCUUCCUUGCGGAGUUUCUGUGGCCUCCCCAGGCCCUCCUCUGAACUUAGAGGGUUUCUGGGCCAGAGGCUCCUUUUUUUCCCCCUUCUAAGCUCCAGAGGCGCCCUCGACUCCCCCACUGGAGGUUUCAAGGAAGAUUCAGAUCUUCCUUUCUCAGAAUCGGGUGGAAACUGAGCCCCUCACCUCCUUCAGGACCCCAGGCGCUCCCCUCCCGCCCUCAGGACCCCUCCUCAGCUCUGCCUCCUUUGCACCUGUUCUGAGCCCCAUCGGCUGCUGCGGCCUCUAGGAUGAUGAUGUGGUCCAACUUUUUCAUGCAAGAGGAGGACCGGCGGCGGCGGGAGGCUGCGGGCCGGCGGUGGGCUCAGGGGCAGCACCAGCUGACGCCGGAGCGGGAGGGAAAGAUCAAGCUGGGGCUCUUGCUGAGCGCCGUGGGCGCCACGCUGGCCGUGCUGGCGGUGGGCACCGAGUUCUGGGUGGAGCUCAACACCUACAAGACAAAUGGCAGUGCCAUCUGCGAUGCUGCCCACCUGGGGCUGUGGAAGAUGUGCACCAAGCGACUGUGGCAGGCCGACGUGCCCGCGGACAGAGACACCUGCGGCCCCGCAGAGCUGCCUGGAGAAGCAAACUGUACCUAUUUUAAAUUCUUUACCACGGGGGAGAAUGCACGCAUCUUCCAGAGAACUACAAAGAAAGAGGUGAAUCUGGCAGCUGCAGUGAUAGCGGUGCUAGGCUUGGCAGUCAUGGCCUUGGGGUGCCUCUGUAUCAUCAUGGUGCUCAGCAAGGGUGCAGAGUUCCUACUCCGAGUUGGAGCCAUCUGCCUUGGCCUCUCAGGCCUGCUGCUCCUGGUGAGCCUGGAGGUGUUCCGGCAUUCCGUGCGAGCCCUCCUGCAGAGAGUCAGCCCUGAGCCUCCCCCGGCCCCAGCCCUGGCCUACGAAUACUCCUGGUCCCUGGGCUGCGGUGUGGGGGCCGUCCUGGUCCUACUGCUGGGGGGUGGGUGCUUUCUCCUGCUCACCUUGCCUCCCUGGCCCUGGGGCUCCCUCUGCCCCAAGCAGGGGCCCAGGGCCGCCUAGAACCACCACCGUGCCUUCUGCAAACUCCUUCUAAACCCUUCUUUUUCUCCAUUUUAUCUCCCCAAAUCUGCCCUCCCAGCCCCCAUCCCGGAGAAACUGUUCUUAUUGUGGGGCACAUGUGGUUUGCACAGACCUGCCUCAUCUUUUCCCUCUGUGAAUGUGUUCUUCUCCGUGGCUGAAUUGGGAUGCUUGGGGGCGGGAUGCAGAGAGGCUUUUUGCAAACGAGGUUCCCCAGGGAAGGCUGGGGGGGACCUGAUGGGGUAACUAGGGAGUGGGGUGGGGGGAUCUUAGGAGGGAGUUGGAUCGAUUCAUUGCCCAGGUCUGGAUGUGUUCAGUUGUGGGAGAGACCUCUUCCAAUUAAUUUGAACCUUGGGGAAACGGGAGGGGGAGGGGAAAUCUUUGGGUCUGACCUUGCUACGGUCAGUUUGGGA